AAAAAAAGAAAGGAAAAAAGAAAAAAAAGCUUUGUUCUUAUUUAUUUAUUUAGUAUUGUCAUCAUUAUUAUCAUUAUUAUGAAUGUUCUCUCUUUUUUUGGGGGGAGGGCUAUCUCACCGUUAUCUAUUAUGUGUUAUCCUGACUAUCACUGAAAACAUGACAUGGAAUCCAGGAAGUGAACUACAUGUACUGUACUAGAUGUAGAAUGGAUGGGGGGUAGGAUUAAAUAAGCUUUGCUUCUUCCUACUCCUUUUGGACAUGUGGAACUGUCAAAGAAUGAUUCAUGAGAUGUAUUCCAUUGUAACCUUCAUGUUCAAAUAAACUAAACCAAACCAAACCAAACCAAAUAUAUUGAGGCCGGCAAAAAAUGAUCAAGUUUGUUUUUAUUUAUCGUGUGAUUAAUUGAUUAUCGUGACAGGCCUGUAUAUAUAUAUAUAUAUAUGCUUAAAAAAUGUGUACUAUUGUUCUACAUGAUGUGAAAGUGUCAUGUCAUUAGGUUGAUGUGAUUUUAAGUUACGCAUGCUUUCAUAUUUAUACCACUCUUGCCAAUCUUGUGAACGGUCGGGCACGAGAUCUUUGGAAUUUCUUACAUCACAACUUUAGGAAGUCCAUGUAUUUUAUGUAACUUGUCCUGUGGCACUUGGCGACCGUCGGUUUCUUUUGAAAAUGGCAGCCAGAGAAAGUGUUUUUUUCAAAUGUAAUAAUUUUGUAUCUGGACCAUAGUGGGAGUGGGGGGUUGUGCGCUUGAGUCGACCCUCGACCCCUGACCAAUCGCAAUAGAGUCGUUGUGGUCGGGAAGGAGGCCAAGAGGAGAAGAAUGGACAUUUAUCAUGCACAUAACUGCUAUAGUGACCCACUAUCAUUUUAAAAGCCCCUGAAAUGAUCAGGUUAGGGCUGACUAGAUUAAAAAGGAUGUGCAUUGACCAAAAAUAGAACCGUAUUUACAUACAGCACUAAGUACUGAGUUGUUUACGUGCGUGUCUUUCUAAGCAACUGUGGCCUCUCUGGACUCUUGCAGUGCCGUGUACGUAUUUGUGACUCUGCAUUAGCAUAGUUAGUGCUUCUACACUUUCAUGUAUAUGCUAAUGUGUUUUUCCGUGUGUGUGUGGUCCAAUCUUGGUCAGAGGAGUGCUGCAGAGUUCACAGAAUCAUGCACGCAUCACACUGAAAGAAAAGCUUAUACUGAUACAAUAAAAUUAUAUUGAACUUAUGUUUUGUUGUGUAGUUUUACCAGUUCCACAAGUGUCAGUCUUAUUUGCACCACCCUUGCAAUGCUACUACUACUAAUACAUAUCAUACUUGUAUAGGUUAUGUAUUACUGCACUUGAGUAGACAUUAAUGUGUGUGAUUAGCCUUUAAGUCCUCACUCUUGUUUCAUUGGUGUUUGGAUGUAUUUACAAGCACACCACACUGCUGCUCAUGGGAACGUGGGCUCCGACCGCCUGCAACAAGCGGCGCAGUCUCCAGUGAACGGCCCUGCCCUUUUUCUCUGGAAACUUCGCCAUGGUUACGCACUUGCCAUGGUUACUCCUCCCAAAUGUUGGUGUGGCGCUCUGCUCCCUCCUCGCCAUGGUUACACUUGAAAACUCUCCCGACCUCGUUUGAUCCCGCUGGAUGUGUUCUCUCCGCGGUCAAACAACAACAAUGUUUAGCUGACACCCCAUCGUCUGGGCGGGUUCGUUUGUUCAAGGGUCCUGAAAGACAUGCUCCAUCUGUUCUGACUUCCUGGUGUUGAAAUGCACACGGCCACACAUUAGAAGGUCUGCAUUUUGUCUUCUUUGGAAUAGAAAAAUGUCUCCUUAAGUUUCACAGGUCACAUGCCUGAAAUAAAUACACGGCCCCAUAUUAUAGUUGGGGCUGGAAAAGUGGUACGUCACAAUAAGAUACAUGGAUCAUUGAUAUGGUGCUCUUUAUAACCUAUGAUAUAUCCAUUUGAUAUAUCCAUUUGUUUAUUUGUUUAUAAACAAAAAUACCAAAACCACUGCAUGUUGAGAAGAGUGAUAACUUCGUUCAUGUUAGAGUCUCCAAAAUUGUCCAAUAAAACCAGAAAAAGUUGCUGGGUUUGUUGAUACUUGUAUAAAAAAAGGCCAUCUAGAAGAGUCUGAAUACUGAUUAAAUAUAGUGACAAUGUCGCUAAGAUGGCAACACUGAUCCUCAUGCCACAUCUUCUUGUACUCUUGCAGUGUUUGCUGGUGUUGUCGCUGGACUACCCAGCAUGCCUUGUGGGCACCUUGUAAAUACAAUUAGAGUUUAUGUGUUUGUUAGCACAUAGUUGUUUUAAUAUUAAUAUAGUAGUACUAGUUUGAUUAUGUUAUGUCUUAAAUUACUAUGUCACAUGUGUUGUUAUUUGGUCCGUACCGUGAGGAAGGUAGACGUUCUGUGUAGUGACACCAAGUCUGUUUGAGCUAUGUGGUCCAGCCAGUUGUUGGCUAUUGCUUGCAAUAAAAGAGCACUUUUUUUAAGCAAGCUGACUGACGAGGUGCAUAUCAGGUGUGUUAAAAAGUAGUUAUGAUGCCAUCUACUGUAGGGAGUCAUAAUGAACUUACUACCACGUCUGUAGCUGUAGUUGACUGAUAAUAAUUGGCGAAACUGGCUUUUGCUUUGCAGCUUUUUUUCUUUCUUUUUUUUUUUUUUUUUUUACAAAGGGCCUUUUACAGUCAUGCAAAGAUGCUACAUAUAUAACGAACAUUUUACAUUGCCUCUACUCACAAAAUUGGAGAAAACGGAGAAAAAAAUGGGGGACAUGCUAGAUGUUUCUCAUGUUUAAUGCACUUAAACAGGCUCCGGGACACAUUAUUAUUAGAACAUCAUUAAAAAGUCACGUUUGACUAAUAGGAGACCUUUAAUGUUACAUUGACUUUUAUUGUUGUACAAUGCCGUGACAACUUAUAUGGAGAUUUUAUUUUUUUUUCAUUGUAACGUGAAAAAAUUCUCAGUCAACCAAUCAACAGACAGCAGUAUGUUUAACUCCACCCUCCUGAAGAGUAGCACCAAAAGGUACAAUGGCUCUUUGCCCAACGGCGACCGAGGCAGACGUAAAAGCCGCUUUGCACUUUGCAAAAGACCCAAGGCGAACGGGGUUAAACCCAGCACAGUUCACGUCGCCUGCUCUCCUCAGGCAGCCAAGGCCAUCAGCAACAAAGACCAGCACAGCAUCUCCUACACCCUGUCCCGAGUCCAGACGGUGGUGGUGGAGUACACCCACGACAGCAAUGUAGACAUGUUCCAGGUGGGUCGCUCCACUGAGAGCCCCAUAGACUUCGUGGUGACGGACACAGUGGCGGGAAGUCAGAGCAACGCCGACGCGCAAACAGUCCAGAGCACCAUCUCCCGCUUUGCCUGCCGCAUCAUUUGCCAGCGCACGCCGCCUUACAGCGCACGCAUCUACGCAGCAGGCUUCGACUCCUCCAAGAACAUCUUCCUCGGGGAGAAAGCCGCUAAGUGGAAGACGGCCGACGGGCAAAUGGACGGCCUGACCACCAAUGGUGUGCUGGUGAUGCAUCCUCGCCACGGCUUUAGUCAGGACUCCAGGCCAGGCGUGUGGCGGGAGAUCUCUGUGUGCGGGAACGUCUUCACUUUACGAGAAACACGCUCGGCGCAGCAGCCAGGAAAGCUGGUGGAGACAGAGUCGCAGGAACUGGUCGACGGCUCCCUCAUUGACCUUUGCGGCGCCACGCUGCUGUGGCGCACUGCCGAAGGCUUGUCGCGCACGCCCACCCUCAAGCACCUGGAGGCGCUGCGGCAGGAGAUCAACGCGGCGCGCCCGCAGUGUCCCGUGGGCUUCAACACGCUGGCCUUCCCCUCCAUGCGCCGCAAAGACACACCCGACGAGAAGCAGCCAUGGGUCUACCUCCACUGCGGCCACGUGCACGGCUACCACAACUGGGGCAACCACCGCGAGGAACGGGAGGGCCGGGAGCGCUGCCACCGGGAGUGCCCCAUGUGCCGGGCGAAGGGGCCCUACGUGCCGCUGUGGCUGGGCUGUGAGGCUGGCUUUUACGUGGACGCCGCCCCGCCCACGCACGCCUUCCACCCUUGUGGCCACGUUUGCUCAGAGAAGACGGCAUCAUUCUGGAGCCAGAUCCCGCUGCCGCACGGCACGCACACCUUCCAUGCCGCCUGUCCUUUCUGUGCACAGCAGCUGAGUGGCGAGCAGGGCUUCGUCAGACUCAUCUUCCAAGGCCCACUGGACUAGCAGGCCGCCUCCCAGCAUUCUUAGGGGAACAUUUGGACACAAGAUGUGUUAUCGCUCCUCUACAGUUCAACUAUGAACUUCUUUUUUUGUCUUUUUCUCAUUUGUAAGUGACCUUUGUAUUCCUUUUACAUGAACGACUACAAAGAUUUCUAUAUUUUCACAGAGAGACAAACCAAACAAAGCAAACUGCUGGAGAAACUUUUGUGAUUGUGACAACAACAACAGUAUUUAUCGAAACGUACCCACAGUACGGCUUAUUGUUAAUGCAAUAUACAUCUGUGUACAUCUCUUAAAGCUAAUUUAAACAAAGAUCUUUAUUUAUGGCCCUCCAAGUAUCACUUCACCCUCCACCUGUCAGAUAAAGAGUACCCUCAAAAGUUAUUUUGCGUCUUUAGUUUGUAGACUAUUGUUGACGUAUACAAGCUACAGGUGUGUUCUGAGGGCCGCUUACGUCUUUUCUGUUUGUAUUUACGUGUUCUGUCCUCUGGCGUGCUCUCACUGUGUGGGUGUUCCCCUCUGCGGUUCAAAGCAAUACACAAACCUCCUGAAGCAUUAAUGGCCGUCUGAACGACGCCUCCUCCCUUUAAACCUUUAAAGCCGUGAGCGGUUGUAGCCAUGUAGCAUCACAUACGCCACACCAACACUGUACAAUGCAAAUACUGUUUAUAAUAGCAUUAGCACUGACCCUGUCAGAUGCAGCAUUCUCACCGGCUGGAAGAACGGUCCUUUGCCAGUGUUAUCAGUUGUUUCAUUUUAGUAUUAAAAGUUACAGUAAAUCCAUAAAUGCUCCUCGUGUUAUUUAAAUAUCCCAUCCUCAAAACAAUGAGGCGUCGCCACUUCUGGUAUCAUGUGGGUCUGGUUCGGGCGACUGGUGCACAAUGUUCACUUUGGGACCUUUUGACACUAUUUUGUCUUUAAAAGUGAAUGGCUGAGUUUGUCGUUAGCCUGUGAAUCAGUACUUACAAUACUUAACCUGUGCGUCUACUUUCGGUUUUGUCAAACGUCGUUUUCCAAAUUUACACUUGCAAAAAGGCAAAGUAAUGUUGGGUUAAAGGUGCAUUCCGGAAUACUUUGAAGUAGGAAGUGUUCCACUUGGAGAUUCUGACUUGCAACCUUAAAACCUUCCACUGGAAAGUCAACCGAAAACACGGCCAUGUCACUGGUUGCCCCGCCCAUCCAUUCCACUGCAAUAAACAUGUUAAAAGACUGUUCGACUCAGGUUUGAUUGACAGUUCUAAGCUCAAAGGUACCAACACUUCUCAGGGAAUUGAAUCGAUAGCAACUGGACUGUUCGGGUUGUCUUAGAAGACGUUUCGCCUCUCGUCUGAGCAGGUCAUUCACCAAGCGUUGGAUUGUUCACCCUUUUAAGAGGGAAUGUGAACUGGGUUUAGACCGUUGUCUGGUCAGACAACGUGUUUGUGUUUGUCCCACCUAGUCAUUGAGCAUGAACUGAUGAAUCAUGCUCGAGUGAGAGGCGAAACGUCUUCAAAGACAACCUGAACAGUCCAGAUGUGGUCGAUUCAAUAACCUGGAUGAAUGAGAAUAUUCACAGGCGUACAAACACUUUCACUUUAUCGUCACACGUGUGCAUGACGUCACUUCCGCUUGUUUCCCCCGUGUCAUCAGCGUCCCAAAACUCACCUCAGGGAGGCCAAAAGACUUGUCUCACAUGCGGCCUCUCUCUCUCUCCCACACAUACACACACAUACUUGAGGGUACCUCAUCAGUUUUCAUCCUUAUUUCCAUCACUGCCCCCACUUCUUAUCCUAUGCCCAAAUAUGGAAGAAAGGGCUUCAGUUAGUGCGCGAUGACGUAAGCUAUCCUGUCCAUGCACCUAUUUGUGCUCAUGAAGGCAAACGCAAAGAAUGUUUUUUGUAACAACUUUAAACAAUAAAAGUGUAAAAAUGUGACUCUGUGGUGU